AUGACGAAUGUUCAAAAUUCUUUCCUGCUGGCCCUGCCGGACGACGCGUUGGUGCGCGUGUUGGCCCUCCUGCCGCCCAGAGAGGUCUUCCGCCUCCGAUUGGUGUGUCGGCGGCUCCGGGACCUGAGCCUCCACCCGGACGUUUGGCGCUCCGUUGACCUGUCUGGCGGUGACAUAGGCCUUCUCCAAGCCGCGCUCAGACUCGCCCCCUGCCUCCGCGAAGUCUCCCUGCGCUCGCCGCAUCUGCAGGUUGCGGCCUGCACCGUUUGCAACACCAACUGCGUCGUCACCAACCUCAAGCUGUCCGUUCAGAAUGAGACCGAUGCUGCCUGGGCCACCGUCAUAGUGCAAAGUUUCUCCACUCUCCGCGGCUUGAGAGAGAUAACCCUAGUUCUAUACCCUGCCGCCCCCGGCGCUUUACAUCCCCUUCUGCGGAUGGUUUACUGCGUUCAAGACUUACGCGAAUUAACGAUACGGUUCGAUUCGGACAUGUCAGAGCUACCGCCUCUAUUGUCAGACCUGGAGCCGAGACCUUCCCUUACUACACUCCGUUACGAAGGUGCAGCAACUGACCCUUUCUUCUGUGUGUUGCUGCGUACGCAUGCGGCCACCCUUGAAGUUGUCCUUCUAUACCUGAGGGAUGGGCUCCCCACAUCGCUGUUAGGAUCGUUGCCCAGGCUUCGCUGCCUGGGUUGCCGUCCGACUGUUGACCUUUCUCAGCUCAAAAGCUUACACAACCUGGAUACAUUUGUGCUGCUCGGUCGCGAAGUGCAGGACGUACCUUGUCCGGGAACAGUGAACUUCCUCCUUCAGGGGCCGCGCUUGCGGUCCGUGGGGUUCAACUUGGGACCCAACCACCCAAUUCUCGGCGCUGCCCUUCUGGAGGCUUUGGCCCAGUCGCCGUCCGCCCCCGUUCUGGAAAGACUGUCCUUACACGGUGUGCAAGACUCGCUUGUGGCCGCGGCACUUCAGCGGUUCCCAUCCCUGCGAGCACUCACCCUAGAAUCGGACGCCAUGCCCUCGGACGCCUUCUUCCGUGCAGUGAGCCCCGCCUCCACACCGCGCCUUGCCACGCUGCAACUUGUGCCCCACGGCUGCCCCCACGCCUGGCUGCACGACCCGGCCGUGCAGGACGUCCUCGCGAGGAACGCGGGGCUCCACCUCCGCCUGUCAGGCCCUCCCACCCUCGAGGACGACUGUGCCUGUCGGUGGUGCCUCUGGCGCUGCCACCGGGACGAGCUCCGGACGCACGCAGGCCUGCAGUCCGCCUUCUCGGCGCACACCAGGCGGCCCGGCUGCCCCGGGGACUGCCGAAGGUGGCUCUGGUAUGUUUAGGCAGGCACACUGUCACUAAAACCGAUUCAUCUGUGCUGCAUUGAAGUUCUUAUGUGAUUCAGUGAUUUAUAGUUUAAUUUACCUAGGUAUUAAGCAACAAUCUGGUAUUAAGCAAUUGAUUAAUCGCACAGGUUGCCUUUAUCUUCUUUUCAAAGAAAUUACCUGCAUUGUUUGUGGAACCAAGUUAGAGUACUUGCAGUAUUGAGGCACAAAUUGUCCCUUUCCGUGACCUGUUUCAAAUUGCUAUUUGAAACCACUUCCCGAUGGAUGAUGAAAGGAUUGGUGCCAGAAUUGAAAUAUGUAUUCACGACUAUUUAUAAAGUCCUACUGUGUACACAACUGAUGGGCUCGCUUCGGUAGAAUGCAUUUGAUACUGUUUCCCAUCAAGUUAUCGUAACUUCUGUGUUAAAGUAAUGUGAAAUGUUUAACUUUUUACUAUUUGUCGAUCUAAAUUGCACGUUUUUACAUGUUUUGUAGCAAUAUUAUGUUACUUCAAUGGCAAGCUGGGACUAACUCUGAUUAUGGAAAAGGUUAAAUAUUGUGAACAUGCAAACUGAAGCCUUUAUUUGUUUAAUGCUCCAAGAAAACUUACUUAUCCUUG